AUGCAGAUCUUUGUGAAGACCCUGACUAGCAAGACCAUCACCCUUGAGGUUGAGCUUAGUGACACCAUUGAGAAUGUCAACGCUAAAAUCAAAGACAAGGAUGGCAUCCUGCCUGACCAAUACCAUCUGAUUUUUGUGAGCAAACAGCUAGAGGAUGGCCGUACUCUCUCAGACUACAAUAUUCAGAAAGAGUCCAUCCUGCACUUGGUGCUUCAUCUGAGGGGUGGCAUCAUCGAACCCUCCCUCCACCAGCUCACACAAAAGUACAACUGCAACAAGAUGAUCUGCCACAAGUGUUACACCCACCUGCACCCCCACGCUGUCAACUGCCUCAAGAAGAAGUGCGGCCACACCAACAACCUGCACCCCAAGAAGAAGGUUAAAUAAAGCCC